ACCAUUUACUAAGUAAAAUGGAGACCUCCUAAUAAUCGCAUGUGUUUUGUGGAUUGUUUGUGCAAUUUUAAUAAGCAUGGUUAACAAAAAAUAAAUACUCAAUGGAGGAAGAAUUAACAGAUGAAAAUUCGAUUUCAAUCAAAGAUGAAGCGGAAAAAACCCCGAAGCCCCCCGAAGAUCCCGUCGAAGAGUGGGCCCCGUGGCGCCUCGUGGUGUCCAUUAAGAACCCCCACGCACCCCCGCCUGUUGCCGUGCGGUCUCCCUCUGGACACGCCUGGGACAUUGUUCAGGUUCUCAAGGCAGCCCACCUGCUUUCGAAGCCCCCGAAGAAGGUAGACUUCGCCGACGAACAGCAAAUGCGAUGCGUCUACUCUCUCAUCUACGACGUGUUUCGAUAUAAGUCCAUAUUAGAACAAGCUAUAGAAGACAUCGACUUUUUCGGCGACUUCCCACAGUACGCCGACAAUCGUCACACAGUCUGGCUUUUCCUCAUGGAGCUGACCCGUCGGCGCUGGGGCGCGAGGCCCAGAGGCGAGGCCGAGCACGCGGCGAGGCUUUUGAAAGAGGCGGGCUCACUGUACCAGGACAUUGAGAAUACUGUGUGGGAACAACGAGUGCAUUUUGCUGCCGCUAUAGCCAGGAUACGGAUUAAAAAUAGGGCUUUCUCUUUAAGCGAGCUUCUGCCGCCACACUUGAGGGACGAACCUUUGGCGACUUGCGUGAAUAAGGAAUCUGUUACUGGAUGGGUCAAUACUUUUAAAGCCACGAAAGUAGCGAAUCUUGUGUUGAAACUCCAUGAGCUGGGUUACUCGUACAGUGGCUCACGACAGCUAUGCGCAGGAGAGUACAGAUUCGAUCGCGUGUGCCCAAGGUUUAUCACACUGCGCCCUCCAGUUGAUAAGACCAUCGGACAGCUGGAUCUCGUUAAAGAUGGAAUCAUCGUGUUGCAGGAGCGCGAAUUUUGCGAAGGCGCCUCAACACUCUGCCGAGCGCUGCGCGCGAACAGCCUCCGCGGUGUAGUCGCCCAGACCCACGCAUCCUCCCCCCGUUGCUCGGCGUAUUUAGCUGCUCAGCUGCGGGAGUUAGGGGCGGUACUGAAGGCCAGUGCACCCGCCGCACCCGCUACUCCACAGCUUGGCAAACUCGUCGUGUUCGGGGCUGGAGACAAGGUAUCCAGUUACGUCGGCGCCCUCAGAGAGCUAGGCAUCGAGGCGUCCGAAGCCCCCCAAUCCAGCGCUCCAGUCUGCGUAAUCAGUGAAGCGGUGUAUUGCGACACUCCUGUGGUGACCAGUGCUCUUGAUGGCGUGGUAGCUGUGUUGGCUACACCGCCUAACUCUUACUCUGCCGUCACGGAUCCUAUUGAUCUUGUGUGUGGAAGAGGAGGCGAUUUGGCUAUGCUUGAGAUUCUUACGGAAUCCGAAAUGGACGCUAAAGGCAGAGAACGAGUUCAAUCUAUACUAGAGGAACAGAAGAAAACCCUCAAGACACUGUUAUCAAAGCCCCAGAUCCAGUUGAUUCUGUACGAGACCCACUCAGCUCUCGAGGCCGAAAACCAAGCUCAAGUCACACGGGCCGUUGCCGAGGCCAACCGCCUCGCCCGCGAGAGACACGUGCUGCUUAAGAAGAAGCAUAGAGACCACCACGUUUCUAGUUCCAAGAAAGACGUCACCGAGGUUGCAAGCACGGAAUCGUCCUCUUCGCUCGACAAUACAGCAUCGCACGUUGGCACUGAGAGAGAUUACUCUAUCGCCAGCCAGUCCCGACCGGUGUCUGCUUGUACUAACAGUUCCAGACCGACUACCGCCAGCAUUCUCAAAAAGCAAACUGACCGGUCUGAGCCGGGCACGCGUCCUGGUACGAGUACAACCAGCAAGGUCCGGCCCAUUCCGGUGACUCCUGUCGCCAACAUACCACGGGACCCCAACGAUGACAAUCCGGAUGUUUAUGUGCCAAACUGUGAUUUGUUUGAAAUCCAAACGCUGCCGAAUCUUGGGAACGGUUUAGAUAUCAACUAUAUUUUAGACAGAGACGGAUGCUACCUCGGACUCAUUCAGAGGAAGUCACACAGGAGAUCACCCGGCUAGACGCAAAGUACAUGAUCCAAGUGGCGGAGGCGAGGGGUUUGUUCGGAGCGGCGACGCCGGCGCCGGCGCCGACGCGACGCAAGAAGGAGACGAGCGCGCCGAAGCGGCGCCGCGGG